UCAAUUUACAAAUUUACCGAUGUUAGUAAAGAAAAGAGUGGAUCCCAUCGGGAGAUUCGGGAGUCGUCCUUCGGCCAGUUCCCUUCUUCGCUCUCAGUUUUCAGUUCAGUUGGAGAGGCUAUAGCCAUUCAAGGCCUCAUUCCUCAAGCUUGUCUCCAUUCCACAGCAAGUCAAGUGAUACAAAUUUCUACUCUUAGUGUCGAUUUCAUUUCGCCCUCGAGAAAUCGUAACUCAAGCCCACUCUCAAUCGGUCAGCCUUGAUUCUGAUUUCAAAAGCUUAAAGGUCCAGUUUGCUUAUAAAUUGCGAUUCAGAAUCUCAACUGGCUGCUGAGGAUGAAGAUGGGUCCUGCUCCCAAACAUUCUUCGUUUUGCCUGAAAUGGCCAUGGGAUGUUGAACAACAUCCUAAAAAUCCUAAUACAUGCACCUUUGAGGUUCCCUGGCUAUUCAAAUCUUUUCAUACCCUUGGAUCCAUUGCUUUCAAUUCAUUUUUCUCUAUUGCUAAAUCUUCAAAUUCUUGGAUUCAUACCUUUAGUCCAAUCAAAUUGGAUACUGGAACCAGCCAAAAGAACGGUUUGAAAUCCCUAAAGAAGCACUUGACUCUCGAAGAGCAAGGAGAGGCAGAGCAAAGAGCAUUUGCCUUAGCACUAGCAAGGGGGAAAGAGGCUACUGUGCUUGAGUUCUACUCACCCAAGUGUAGGUUGUGUAACUCCUUGCUAAAAUUUGUCCUGGAGGUUGAGGGUAGGAAUUCAAGUUGGCUCAACAUUGUCAUGGCAGAUGCAGAGAAUGAGAAAUGGCUGCCUGAGCUACUCCACUAUGACAUAAAAUAUGUUCCUUGCUUUGUACUGUUGGACAAAAAGGGGAGGGCAUUGGCAAAGACAGGUGUUCCAAGCAGUCGGCUACAUGUAAUUGCAGGUCUAUCUCAUCUUCUGAAAUUGAAGCGCCCUCAUGGUAAUAAUGGCUAGAUGAAAUGGUGGCUUGAUGAUAAAAAAUUACCAUAUGUGAAAGUUUGUGUAAAAAAGUGUUACCUUCAGAUGAAUAGCCCUUAGAAACUUCUAUAGGACAGAGAGUGUCUUGUUUACCUUUUGGUUUAGUUAUGAUUCUUUUGCCUUCUAAAUAAUUUGAUUUUGCAUCAUAUUUUACGAUA